AUGGAAUCUCUAUUCGGUGGUGAGCUGAGGCUACUGGGAGGUGGCGAGGGCUUGAAGGAGGACAGCUGUGGCGACGUGGGCUGGUCCUCCUCAUCCCUCCCUGAUGAUAUGUACUCCGUCUCCCACUACGCCCUCAUCACCGCCUACCAGGACAUCAAGACACGGCUCGCGGGCCUGGAGAGAGAGAACAGUGGCAUCAAGAGGAAGCUCAAGAUGUACGAGAUCAAGUUCCCUAUGAUCAGUGAGUUUGGGGAGGACAGGAACUCCUACUGCAGCUUUGAGUCCAAGGAGACAACUCUACUGCAGUCAGAGAACGGCAACCUGCAGCAGAAAGUCAGCACCCUCACCCACGAGCUCCAGAAGAGGAAAGAGCGCCAGGAGCAGCUGGAGGAUGUGAUCCAGGCCUAUGAGAAGAUCCACAUGGAGAAGAACAACCUCCAGAGAGACCUGGACAAAAUGACCAGUCUAGUGGAGAAGCACGUGGAGCAUAUCGUGGAUCUGGAGUCUGCUCUGAGACAGAGAGGCAACUCGCUACAGAAGCUCAACACCCAGCUACACAGCAAGGACAUCCAAUACCUGCAGCUACACAGCCCAGACAAUCACAUGCUGGACUGUCCUGCGCUGACCCUGCAGAGCUCUCGUAGUCUAGACACUCUGUCAGACCUGAAGCUGCAGCGUCUGGAGGCGGAGCUAGAGAGGGCGCGGCAUGAGGCAGAGCGGGCGUGUCAGAGGGAAGAGGAAGUGAAGGCCGAGUGUGAGAGACUGCAGGAGGAGCUGAGACAGAUCCAGAACAACCACAUAGGGAGGGAAAUGACUUCGCCGUGUGAGCAGUGUGAUGUGGAGUGGAUAAAGAAGGUGGGAGAUGAGCAGGUGAAUUUGGCGCUAGCCUACACAGAGCUAACUGAGGAGUUGGGACGUCUCCAGGCUCUGAGCUCCAAACAAAACGAGAUCUUGAGGAUGGUCUCUCAGGAGCAGCAUAGCCCAGGUUACCACAGGCAGUCUUGUCUCGUGUGCUGCUCUCUAACUCCCCGUGUCUCUCCUGUCUCCUCAGUCCAACGCCACUCCCACCCCCCAUCUCCCAUCCCUCACCAACGCCACUCCCCCGUGCCCCCGCGACAUUCCCCCAUCCCCCAACGCCACUCCCCCAUCCCCCAACGCCACUCCCCCGUCCCUCCUCAGCACCACUCCCCCAUUGCCCAGUGCCGCUCCCCGGUGCUCCAGCCGCAGCACCUCUCCCCGGACAUGCACCGCCGCUCGCCGCUGCUGGACGUCAACGAUGGGCCUGCCUCGUACUCCUGCCGGCCAGCCAGCCACCAUCUGAGGGCCAGCUUCCAGGGCCGACGGAGCUACUCCGAGGUGGCCGACCCCUCGGCCUACCAGCGGCCACCGCGCUUCAGCCUGGACCCCGUGUCCACCCUGCCCAAACCCCGGCCCUACAGGGACUCCGGCUACUCAAAGCAGCAUCAGCAGCAUGAGCAUGGAGGCUCCCAGCAUGGAGGGUCACCCCACAGAGGAGGCCCGCAGUCCUCCGAAGACGAGGAAGAGUGGACCUGUCCGCACCCCAUCAGCCCCCCACGGACGCUGGGCGUGCCCAACAAUGUGUCAGCUCAUGGGGUCAUGAAGGGGCCAGCGUCCUGCUCGGCCUUCCCCAUCCCAUCCAGACCCAACACACUGACCUGCCACCCGCCAGGAUACCUGCACACAGACCACGCCCAGUCCUGGCCCUCCAUCAAUCUGUGGAUGGAGACAGAAGAGAGUGACAUGAGGAGCUGCCCUCUGUGCCAGCUGAUCUUUCCCAUGGGUUACCCUGAUGACGCCCUAAUCAAGCACAUCGACUCGCACCUGGAGAACAGCAAGAUCUGA